GAGGGAGAUCCUAAAAGCGUGAAAGCUCUGAUCUUUUUUUUUCUCACAGUCACUUUGAGAAUUUUGUGUCUGAGAAAGACAAAGAAUGGAUGCAGAUAAGAGCGAGGUAUGUGGUUCUGUACAGCUUAUAGACGGAGAUGGUACAUACAAUGUCUCUGGCAUCGAUCAUUUCAUUAAGGAGGUGAAACUUGGAGACUGUGGCCUCUCCUAUGCUGUUGUCUCCAUUAUGGGUCCUCAAAGCAGCGGGAAGAGUACAUUACUUAAUCAUUUGUUUGGAACAAACUUUUUGGAGAUGGAUGCAUUCAAGGGAAGGUCUCAGACCACAAAAGGUAUCUGGCUUGCAAGAUGUGCCGGUAUAGAGCCUUGCACCCUAGUAAUGGAUUUGGAGGGCACCGAUGGAAGAGAGCGAGGAGAGGAUGAUACAGCAUUCGAAAAACAGAGUGCUCUUUUCGCUCUUGCUAUCUCCGAUAUUGUCUUAAUCAACAUGUGGUGUCAUGAUAUUGGUCGUGAACAAGCUGCAAAUAAACCUCUCUUGAAAACUGUCUUUCAGGUUAUGAUGCGAUUAUUUAGUCCGCGUAAAACAACAAUGCUCUUUGUAAUACGAGAUAAAACGCGGACGCCGUUAGAAAAUUUAGAGCCUGUCUUAAGAGAAGAUAUUGAGAAAAUAUGGGAUUCUGUUCCAAAGCCUGACGCACAUAAGGACACUCCUCUAAGUGACUUCUUCAAUGUUGAAGUUGUUGCUCUUUCCAGUUAUGAGGAGAAGGAAGAACAGUUUAAAGAGCAGAUUGCUAGUUUGCGACAACGGUUCAUGCAUUCUAUUGCACCGGGUGGUCUUGCUGGAGACCGAAGAGGAGUAAUUCCAGCCUCAGGCUUUGCAUUUAGUGCCGAUCAAAUCUGGAGAGUCAUCAAAGAGAAUAAGGAUCUUGAUCUUCCAGCCCACAAGGUCAUGGUAGCUACUGUGCGGUGCGAAGAAAUUGCAAAUGAGAAGUUUGCGCAUUUCAUUUCAAACGACGAGUGGCGCCAAUUGGAUGAGGAGGUGCAAGCUGGUCCAGUUUUGAAUUUUGGAAAGAGGCUUACUACCAUUCUCGGUUCUUGCUUAUCAGAAUAUGACGGGGAGGCUACAUUCUUCGAUGAAGGUGUUAGAUCUUCGAAGAGACAUCAGCUUGAAGAAAAGCUUCUCCAACUAGUGAAUCCAGCAUUUCAAGAUGUUUUGGGACAUAUAAGAUGGGGAAUGCUUGAAAAGUUUAAAGCUUCUUUUGAUAAGGCUUUAGGCAUUGGUGAAGGGUUUUCUUCAGCUUCCCAAGAUUGGUUUAAGGCUUGCAUGUCCCAAUUCGAUGAAGAGUGUGCAGGUGCCAUCAUUGAACAAGCCAAUUGGGACACAUCGAAAGUGCGGGACAAGCUAGUCCGUGACAUCGAAGCUCACAUUUCCUCCGUGCGAACUUCCAAGUUAUCUGAACUUACCAGUCUAUAUGAGUCAAAAGUUCAUGAAGCAUUAUCAGAACCGGUUGAAGCUCUGUUGGAAGGAGCCAACAAUGAGACAUGGACAGCAGUAAAGAAGCUUUAUCAGCGUGAAACUGAAUCCGCAGUUUCUGGACUCAGUAGUGCAUUAGCAGGUUUUGACAUGGAAGAUGAAACGAGAGAUAUAAUGGUGACGAGCCUUCAAGAUUAUUCAAAAGGUGUCAUUGAAUCUAAGGCAAAAGAAGAAGCUGGAAGGGUUUUGAUGCGUAUGAAGGAAAGGUUUGCUACAAUCUUCAGCCACGAUUCUGAUUCAAUGCCACGUGUUUGGACUGGAAAUGAGGAUCUUCGAGCCAUUACUAAAUCAGCUCGAUCUGCUUCCCUGAAGUUGCUCUCAGUAAUGGCUGUAAUUCGAUUGGGGGAUGAACCGGAUAACGUCGCCAAGACCCUAACUGUUGCUCUGUUGGAUUCAACAAAUAAUGACACUUCUAAAAAAAGCAUCACAACAUCUGAUCCACUGGCUUCAAGCACUUGGGAUGAGGUUCCAUCUUCAAGAACUUUGAUCACACCGGUGCAAUGUAAAUCUAUAUGGAGACAGUUCAAGACGGAAACAGAGUAUACAGUGACUCAAGCCAUAUCUGCACAGGAGGCGAACAAGCGCGGAAAUAACUGGCUACCUCCUCCAUGGGCAAUUCUUGCAUUGAUCGUCCUUGGUUUCAACGAAUUCAUGACUCUUUUAAGAAACCCUCUCUACCUUGGUGUCAUCUUUGUCGCUUUCCUUCUGGCAAAAGCAUUGUGGACGCAAUUGGAUAUCCCUGGCGAAUUCCGCAAUGGCGCACUCCCAGGGCUCAUAUCAAUAUCGGCAAAGUUUGUUCCCACGGUCAUGAAUCUUGUCAAGAACCUUGCCGCGCAAGGCGAAGCCCCUCCUGCUGGUAAUCCAGAAAACCGUAGUUCUAGCAACAACACCUCUUCAUCAGGAAAUCCAACAGAUCACAGAAGCUCUUCAAAAGAGGACUAAAGAGUGUUUUGAACUCUAAUACUUGACAUUGUUUUUCCUUAUUCCCUUUAUUCAUGAGUCCAAAAACGCUGCGAUGAGGGAGCUUUUGCUCUGUCUUAAGACUAUUCUCUUUAUACUCAAGUGACUUAAAAACUUAGAAAGCGUUGUAGCAUGGCAUUGAUUUGAAAUAUUUUUCUCCUAACUAAAA